UUCUGCGAGCUCGUGUCCAAUGCGAACAAGUUGAGCGGAGGGCGCAGAAUGAAAGCGGAGCGACUUCGUGAUAGUAAAUACAAGCAGAGUGAAGACAGAGUAAAAGAGCGCUGACACAACAAGCGGAAUAAAAACAGCACUGACACACACAUUCAAGCACUGGCGGGCGGUUUUGCUGACUCCGCCGAUGGAUGAUGAGGAUGAACAGCUUCCUCACUGCUGUGAAACACCGCUAAGAAACAAUAGCUCAGAGAACAGAGACGGGAGAGGUGGAGAGGUGGGACAAACAGCUAACAGACACGAACGCUUUAAAGACAGAUCAACACAGACUGCCAGCUCUGUGCUGAAUUCAGCGAGAGACAGAGCUAUGGCACCAUUCCAGGGUUUAGAGAGAGAUGCAUCAUCUCCCUGCAGAGCUGUGAAUGCCAGGACUGCAUUUGGGGCUAACUGUGGAGCCAGGGGCCUUGCGUCACUUACUAUAGCCCCUGGGGCCCCAGAAGGGCCUAGAGCACUUUUCCAUGGAAAUGCUGGAUUUCGUGCACACUUCCCUGCAUUGUUUGAACCCAUCUUGGAUGGCACACAAAACGCAGAAGAGGACGAAGGGAGACCAGAAGAAAAGGAAGAUGAACGGGACAUUGGAAUUAGUGUGGAGAUUCAGAUUGGACGUAAACUGCGUGAAAUGGGGGAUCAGUUUCAGCAGGAUCAUCUUCAGCUGUUCACUCAAAGGGGCCAGAUGGGUUUGUUCCAGCUAGUGACGACGCUCUACAACUUCCUUUUCCCUCGUGAAACACCCCAAAAUGCAAGAGCCCAGAGAUGAGAGGCCAUGGCACACCCGUUCAAGAUCCAAAUGACUUUCUAGUUCCAAAUGAGAUCUGGAUUUACACGGCUCAAAAAGAAGGCUGCCGCCGGUCGGAGACUUUUCUCCUUUUUCUGAAGAAGCCAUUCUCAAAAUGGAGGGUUGGAGAAAAUUUUCUGCAGGUUGCAUAUAACUAUGAAUAUAUUAAUAUUCUGCCUUGUUUCCCCAACACGUUCACAUUUGAGUGGAUCUUAGCGCCUUAAUAAAACCAUCAGAAGAAGAAAGAACUGCUUUAAUUGGCAACAAGCUGUGAGAGAACUCGAGGUCAACAGCAUUUGUGCUGACUUUAUUUAAUGCACCUACUGAACUCUGAUGCAUCCCAGAAUGGCUUAUGCUCGAUUCACUGAGUUGAAGGACAGAACGGACGUGACGCAACACAAGCCAGAGGCCAUUAUAUAUUGCUUCUUAAAGGACCAACACAGUACUGAAAAAAAUAUUGGUCAAAUGCAUAAAAACAACUCGAACAUCUGGUUUUAAUACCUGUAUAACAACAAGCCAUUUCUUAGAACAAGGAGACAAAUAUUAAUUUUGUGAUUUUAAAAGGGUCAUGUUUUCUCAUUAAGGGAGAAUGCACCAUAAAAUUAUUAAAUUUACAACAAUUUUACCCUUCUGAAGUAUUAGUUUGCCUUAAUGAAUUCUGUUCUGCUGUCAUAUAUCAAUGGGAUUACACCAUGACAAGAUUGCUCAAGUAUUACUUUAGAUAUCAGUGUUUAAAGCGUCUUUUUAGUAACUGGUGACAUUCAAAAAUUAAAAUGUGCUCAAAGAGCAAUACACCAAAUCAUAUUUUACAGUAGAACUCAAGCGAUAGAUGCAAUCAAUAAUAUCUAUCUACAAGUUAUCAUAUAAGAACCUAUUAAAGUUCUAAGUGUUGUAUUGGUA